AUGCUCGAGAAGAAGGUCCUGAAACCCCUCGUGCUGGAUCCGGCAAAGCAUGGUACCCUUCGCAAGCCAGUGCUUGUUAUUGCCAUUACCGAUGGCGAGCCAUACGGCGAAUCACGCGACAAGACCGCCGAGGCCAUUAUACACGCGAAGAAGCACCUCGAGCGCUCCAAGUACGGCGCGGACGCCGUCAGCUUCUCCUUCGCCCAAGUUGGCAACGAUGCGGCAGCGCAGCGCUUCCUCAGCUCCCUCGAUAAUGAUCCAAAGAUUGGCAGCUUGAUUGACCAGACAAUGGAGUUUGACCAAGAGGCCGCCGAGGUCCGCCAAAAGCUCAAUGGGUUUGAGCUGACACCCGAGCUGUGGUUGCUCAAACUGCUGCUGGGUGGUAUUGAUGUCGCGUAUGAUAUGAAGGACGAGCGCCAUUAG